CUUUUUCUAGUAAUUAAUUAACUCCUACUUUUUUGGCAGAUUUGGGAUACCUUUUCUCCUAUUUCUAUGGGGGUUUAGGAUUUUUUGACAAUAAAAUCAAUAAAACCAAUCAAUCAAUUAGUUUAUCAAUUGUAUUGUUACUGUUACACAUACACAUACACAUACACAUAUCACUAUCUAUCAUUUGCAGGAUCCCCGGUCCAACCAACCUUUCCACAAACCAAAAAUGACGUCUUCUUCCUCUUCUUCCAACCUACAUCCCAACUCGAAUUCCAAUAUCGCACUCCAUUUAACAGAUUCAUCACUUAGCCCGCUGCUCUCAACUUCCUCAUCGUCCACUUCAUCUACCUCCCGCACUAAUCCCGCCCAAAUCCAAUCCCUCACUACCCUAACAUCCACCGCCCUCUCUGCCUACAAUUCUUCUCUGCAUUUAAACCUCGGGACCCCGCAACGCAUAAUCGUCGAGACCGCUCCCUCAGGUCCUAUUCUUCUCCAUUCCUUUAUCGCCCCUACAUCAUCUGCCGCUCAGUCAACCUCCGGUCGACAUCGCAGCCGACCUAUACACAACCACGCACAUGGCGCUCGAAUGAAUGGAUUAGAAAAUAUUAAUGGAGGAUCGAGCAUACGAGGGCUAGAAAUCAUAUCUGCGGCCCGAGAAGAUAUGCGACCGUUGAGUGGUACAACUGAGGGGAGCCAUUCAGAACAAGAACAUCAUGAUGUGAAGGAUGAGGAAGUCCAGGUUCCUUUAUUAGUGGGAACGGUUGUGGCUAGAUCGGCAGAGCAAAUAGGAGAGGCGAGGAGGGCGGCACACAGGAUUGAGAUUGUUGCGCAUGGGUUUCAAAAUGAGUUGAUGAAAGAUACGGCAGAAGUAAAGAAGGAAGAACCGGACGAGGAUACAGCUGAGGAUGGUUGACUCAUUUGAACACUUUGGGAUCGAAUUUUUGGAUGGAUGUGAAGAUAAAAUUGAACAUACACUAGCGAGAUGAAGCUGCUUACUUAUAGCACAUAAACAAAAGCUUUUGGGCGGAGGUCAAUUGAUAUUUCAAAAAGCGAAAUGGGGAGAUUAGAUAUGUAGAUGCGAAAAGAGGGGUAUU